UAUUAAAUUUUUCUCAAUCAAACCAAAUUACAGAGCUAAUUAAAACAAGAAAAAAAUAAAAAUAAAAUCACACGUCUUAAAUCUGAAAUUAGUACCCACGUAACCUCAUUAUUCACUCACGCACAACAUAAACUAGAUAACACAGACCUUUUUAUUUUCUCUCUCUAAUUUCUCUCUCUAAAAAAAACAUUUCGAGAGAAAAAGAUUCAAACUUUCAUAAUCUCCGGUCAGUAUUUUAAUUAAAUUUUUUGUGGGUUAGCAUUACAAUUCGUCACAUAUCUUUUUCUUUAACUAUACUCUUCGUAAAAACAGUUAGAGAGAGAACCAAAAAAAAAUUAAAUUUUUUAAAAAUUAUAUUCUAGAGAGAGAAAGUUACUCAGAUCUCUGUUCUUCAUCGAUUUUUCUUUUUUUGCUCUCUACAAUUUUAAUUUGAUUCUAUUAAUUUUCUAUUAAGUUACUUCAGCUUGUUUUUACAGGUAAAUUGAACCGUACCUCUGUUUUUAUCGAUUUAAUUGGCUGCUUAGGGUUUCAAAUUGGGGGUUUAAUAGUCAAUUUUUUUUGAAUUGUAAGAUAUGAGAAGAGAAUUUUAAUCCAUGAGGUGAUUGAUUUUAUUCGAUUUUAUUAAUUAAAUACUCGGCACACAAUGAUAAUCAAGCGGAAAUUAAAAUCUCAAAUGCCGAGUUUGAAACGGUGUAAACUCAGUGAUUCAUCUCAGGAAGAAGAUGAUAACUCGGUUUCAAUUCGUAAGAAGAAGAAAAAAUUGAACGGUUAUUACUAUCCUGUUAAUCUUCUCGGAGAAGUUGCCGCUGGUGUAAUUCCGGUUGCCGGUAUGCUCCGGUCAUCUAGUAAUGUCGUUGACUUGGAUAAGAUAUUUGCUGCUGCCUGGUGCACUGAAGUUUCGUGUUCUCCUCCUCCUGCUGCUGACGUGGAAUUGGAACGUAAAUCGUCGGUAUGUCGAGAUUCGGGUGCCAUUGGAGUUUCGUCGCGUCCUCCGCUUGUUCGGACUUCCAGAGGGCGGGUUCAGGUAUUGCCGUCGAGGUUUAAAGACUCGGUUAUUGAGAAUUGGAGGAAGGAUAGUAAUAAUAGUAGCUUGGCUGCUGAUGAUGAUGAUGAUGAUGAUGAUGGUAAUGAUGAUGACGACGAUGAUGAUGAUUUUGAGUGUCGUAUUAAUUAUAGUAGUAAGAAACAUAAAGAGAGAGAUAAGUUUAGUUUCCGCAAACCGAAGAUUUGUAAUGGAAAUGUGAGAAAUGGUGGAUUUAAGUCUCGUAAAUAUGCUACAUUGCGCGAGGAAGAGAGGGGAGGUGGAAGAGAGGAAUUUGGGUUUAAAAAGUAUUUGAGUUCGCGGAGUACACUUAGCUCGUUGCAUGAACAGUUGGUGGAAGAUGAUGACGACAAGCGUGCAUUUGUGCAGUUAAGUACCUUGGAUAGGCCGGAGAGAAAACCUGGGGUUUUUGGACCGGAGGAUUUCUAUUCGGGUGAUAUAGUGUGGGCAAAGUCAGGGAAGAAGGAUCCGUUUUGGCCAGCCAUUGUUAUUGAUCCAAUGACGCAAGCGCCGGAGCUGGUAUUGAGAUCCUGUAUACCUGAUGCUGCCUGUGUUAUGUUUUUUGGUCACCCUGGAAAUGAGAAUCAAAGGGAUUACGCAUGGAUUAGACGUGGGGUGAUCUUUCCAUUUAUGGAUUUUGUAGAUAGGUUCCAGGAGCAACCCGAAUUGAUGGGAACUAAGGCAUGUAGUUUCCAGGUGGCAAUUGAGGAGGCAUUUCUGGCAGAACAGGGAUUCACAGAGAAAUUGAUACAUGAUAUAAAUAUGGCAGCUGGGAAUCCAACAUAUGAUGAAUCUGUUAUUAGAUGGCUUCAAGAAGCUACUGGUUCAAACCAAGAGCAGGACUUAUACUCUCCAUACCAGGAUAUAUUGGGAGACAACAAAGCCAUGCGACCCUGUGAAAGUUGCGGUUUAAGCCUUCCUUUUAAAUUAUCAAAGAAGAUAAAAGCUUCAAUUCCUGGAGGCCAGUUCAUGUGCAAAACAUGUGCUAAGUUGACCAAAUCAAAACAUUUUUGUGGUAUAUGCAACAAGAUAUGGAAUCGUUCGGACAGUGGGAGCUGGGUGCGAUGUGAUGGCUGUAAAGUUUGGGUCCAUGCUGAAUGUGACAGAAUUUCUAACGGCCAUUUUAAGAAUCUUGGAGCCACUGAUUAUUACUGCCCUGCUUGUAAAGCAAAAUUUAGUUUUGAACUGUCUGAUUCAGAGAAAGGGCUUCCAAAAUCCAAAUUGAACAAAAGUAAUGGUCAAUUGGCACUACCUAAUAAAGUUACUGUAAUCUGCUCAGGAGUAGAAGGCAUAUAUUACCCAAGCUUUCACCUGGUCGUGUGCAAAUGUGACUUCUGCGGGCCAGAAAAGCAAGCACUUAGUGAAUGGGAACGUCACACAGGUUCUAAAGUUAAAAAUUGGAGGAUCAGCAUUAAGGUGAAAGGUUCCAUGUUGCCUCUAGAACAAUGGAUGAUGCAGCUAGCUGAGCUGCAUGCACGUGCUGUUUCUACCAAACCUCCAAAGCGACCUUCCAAUAAAGAGCGAAAGCAGAAGUUGCUUGCAUUUUUGCAAGAAAAAUAUGAACCUCUUUAUGCAAAGUGGACUACAGAACGUUGUGCUGUAUGUAGAUGGGUUGAAGAUUGGGACUACAACAAAAUUAUUAUUUGCAACAGAUGUCAGAUAGCAGUUCAUCAAGAAUGCUACGGAGCAAGACAUGUGCGGGAUUUCACGGCCUGGGUUUGUAAAGCAUGUGAAACACCUGAUGUUAAGCGAGAGUGUUGUCUUUGUCCCGUGAAAGGCGGUGCUCUAAAGCCGACAGAUGUUGAGACAUUAUGGGUUCAUGUUACGUGUGCUUGGUUUCAACCUGAAGUAUGCUUUGCUAGUGAUGAAAAGAUGGAACCUGCUCUUGGCAUCUUAAGCAUUCCGUCAAGUAAUUUUGUAAAGAUUUGUGUCAUUUGUAAGCAAAUUCAUGGUUCCUGCACUCAAUGCACCAAGUGUUCCACUUAUUACCAUGCAAUGUGUGCUUCAAGGGCAGGGUACCGCAUGGAGCUGCACUGCUUGGAGAAAUAUGGGCGGCAGACGACAAAAAUGGUUUCAUAUUGUGCAUAUCACAGGGCUCCUAAUCCAGAUACUGUUUUGAUCAUACAGACUCCUGUUGGGGUGUUCUCUACCAAAAGCCUUGGUCAAAAUAAAAAGAGGGCUGGUACGAGGUUAAUUUCUUCUAGCAGAGUGAAACUCGAAGAGUUGCCAACAGAAGAAAUUACCGAGGUUGAGCCACACUCUGCUGCAAGGUGUCGGGUCUUUAAAAGAGUAAACAACAAUAAGAAGAGAACAGAAGAAGAAGCUACUUCGCACCGAUUGACCGGACCUUGCAAUCAUCCUUUAGACCUGAUACAGAGUUUGAAUUCAUUCAGAGUAGUUGAGGAGCCUGAAAGUUUUUCUUCUUUCAGGGAAAGACUUUACCAUUUGCAGAGAACUGAAAAAGAUCGAGUUUGCUUUGGUAGAUCCGGGAUUCAUGGAUGGGGCCUUUUUGCGAGGAGAAAUAUUCAAGAAGGAGAAAUGGUCCUUGAAUACCGUGGUGAACAAGUUAGACGUAGCAUUGCAGAUCUCCGAGAAGCACGUUACCGUUCAGAAGGAAAAGAUUGCUAUCUUUUCAAGAUAAGCGAAGAGGUAGUGGUGGAUGCCACUGACAAAGGAAACAUAGCACGCCUGAUAAACCAUUCAUGCAUGCCGAAUUGCUAUGCAAGGAUCAUGAGCGUGGGCGAUGAUGCAAGUCGCAUUGUCCUUAUCGCCAAGACAAAUGUGUGCGCCGGAGAUGAGUUAACGUAUGAUUACUUGUUUGAUCCUGACGAGCCGGAUGAAUUCAAAGUUCCAUGUUUGUGUAAAGCUCCAAAUUGUCGGAAAUUCAUGAAUUAGGUUAUACACACUCAUUGUUUCUCCACAAGGAGCACUAACCCAAUCCCAUGUGUAGAGGGAUUUCACAGCCAUAUAGAGUGUAGUUUUUACCAAAAGGAAAGUGUAAUUCUUUUUCUUCUUUUUUCCUUGUGUGUCAACAAUGUUCAAGCUCAAUAAAAGUUAUAGGUUUGCCUGGGGUUUGGUUCAGGCAUUUUGUGUA